AUGCCGAAAACUGGCCAGCGUGUCAGUGGACGCGCAGUCACCGACGGGGACAUGUUCACGAGCUCAGCGGAGGCACUCCCUGUGCCUGGCUCCCGGCUGUGCCUGUAUGAGGAUGGGACGGAGGUGACUGAAGACUACUUCCCCAGCAUCCCUGACAACGCUGAGCUCGUGCUGCUCACAGAGGGCCAGACCUGGCAGGGCUAUGCGAGUGACAUCGGUCGCUUCCUCAGCGUGUUUCACGAGCCGCACGAGGGGCUCAUCCAGGCCGCCCAGCAGCUGCUGUGUGAUGAGCAGGCCCCGCUGCGGCAGAAGCUGCUGGCUGACCUCCUGCACACCGUCAGCCAGAACAUUGCUGCAGAGACCCGGGCCCAGGACGCCCCCUGGUUUGAAGGCUUGGAGUCCCGCUUUAGGAAUAAGUGCAGCUAUAUGAGAUACAGCUGUGAGAGCCGGAUCCGGAGUUACCUGAGAGAGGUGGGCUCUUACACACUGAUGGCAGGUGCAGAAGCCCAAGAGGAAUAUACGCGGGUCCUCGGCUGCAUGGGCCAGAAGCUCAAGUCUGUGCAGUACAACGGCAGCUACUUCGACAGAGGCGCUGAGGCUGGCGACCGUCUCUGCACACCGGAAGGCUGGUUCUCCUGCCAGGGUCCCUUCGACAAGGACGCCUGCGUGUCGAGGCACUCCAUCAACCCAUACAGCAACAGGGAGAGCCGGAUCCUCUUCAGCACAUGGAACCUGGAUCACAUAAUAGAAAAGAAACGCACCAUCGUCCCCACGCUGGCGGAAGCAAUUAGGGAACGAGGUGGAAGAGAAGUAGACUGGGAGUAUUUUUACAGCCUGCUUUUUACAUCAGAGAACCUGAAGUUGGUGCACAUUGCCUGCCACACGAAGACCACCCACAAGUGCGACUGUGACCCGACCAGAAUCUACAAGCCCCAGACCAGGGCAAAGAAGUGGCGGCCUGCUCGGAAAUGCCAGCGCCGCGCACGCACUGCCUUUGCACCCCUGUGAUGGCCCCACAGGGUGCGUGUGACUGUAACAGGUGCUAGUUUUCUUUCCUUGUAACUCCAGUAGUCUCUAGAAAAGUUAAGAAAAAUUUUUUCCUACAAAUCUGAUUUCA